CUUUUUUUUGUUUCUUCCUUCCCUUUGUCCUUUCUUUUAACUUAAUAUUUUUUCAUCCGUACAUACUUAUCUCUUUUUAUAAAGAAAACAAACCUUAAUAAUAACUUACAUCUUCAUGGAUGGUCGCCCCAAUGUGUGUUCGUGGCAGCAAUAGCACCUGUCAACAACUCUUUGUUUUAUUUUAUAUACUUUCUACCAUAAUUAUUAGCGCGCACGCCGACAGUGAUGCCAAACAUUCGGUGAAACUAAUUCCAAGACAAGACGACGGCACGUACGAAGAUCCACAAUGGGUCGAAGGUGAUGGGUCGGAAGACGAUCCCACUGACGGCACAGCAGUAUACCCCACAACUACCGAUUAUUACCAAGAUCCUUCUACUGAGACCAAUUAUAACGACAACACUGCUACUGACACUUACUACGUUGACCCAGCAACAGAAACGAACUGGGAUGACCCGACAGCCACCGAGUCCAAUUGGGCAGAUACCACGACCGAAUCGUAUUGGGAGGAUCCAGCCACGACCACGAAUAACUGGCAGGACACCACGACCACUGAUGAUUGGCAAGACACGAGGACCGAAUCCUAUUGGGAACAAACGGCCAGAUAUUCCGAAGAAGCCACAUCAACAGAAGCAGCUGCAGUCGUUCCCACAACAACAACAACUACCGAACAAACCGUCGCUGCUGAAACAACACAGCAAGAUUCAUCUUCUACCCAAGAGCAACCUACACCCGCCACAACCACCACCGAAUCCUUUUCCAUCACUUCUUCGACUGCGACUCCGUCACUCGUCCUUGGUUCUAACGAGUGCGCAGAAGAUGCAACCGCAGUCGGCGGCACUUGCCCAUACGACUACUUUUGCAACGCCGCUACGAAACACUGUGACGCUUUGAGCGACAAUGGCGGUCAAUGCUAUGAGGAUUUCCAGUGUCAAUCAAGCUAUUGUGAUGACAAUAGCACAUGUGGUAACCGGCCCAACGAAUCCGGAGCAGCAGCAGCAGCCAAUUUAUCGGGUGGUCAGAUUGCUGGUGUUACUAUUGGCUCGGUUGCAGGCGCGGUGGUUCUUGUAGGUGCACUCAUGAUGUGUCAAAAGCGACGGUCGCGUCAAGUCAGUACCCGAGCGCGCAAGUUUGAACAAAUUCGGACAGAAGACGCGGAGGACGAUCUCGAAACUGCCGCCGUGAUGCGUGACACCGAUCAUGGUGAUAAUCGGACUUCAAAGUACAACUUUUUGGCAUCGCUCAUGACAGGUACAGCUGUGGGUCGCUCGUUGUCACGUUUGGGCAAUAAUCGUAGCAUGGAGAGCCAGGCUUAUUUGCAUGGUGGUUCUCAACCAGCCAUGUCUGAGCGAUCGCUCCAACCACCGCCACUGUCAUCUUCAUCAGCAACUGCAGGUAUGACCGCUGCUACUGGAGCUGGCGGACUGGCUGUUGCUACAUACAACAAUAAUAAUAACCGAGAAUCCAAGGUGGAAGAACAGCCUGUGGAUCCAGCAACAUUUGAAGAUCAACAGUACUAUGGCAACCUGACUAUUGGACCUUCUUCUCCGACGCACACCAUUGCGGAUAACCAUGACAACAAUGGAGCUCAGGCAGGACAACAGGAGCAAUAUGAUCCAUAUCGACCCAAUCCACAUGCUAGCUGGUUGUCUCAAGCAUCCGCCAUCGAUCCUUUCGGUACAGCAGCUGCAUACAACUACGCUACACAACCACAUCAAGCUUCUGCAGCAGCCUCAUCAGUCGAACGACCUCCUACUACUGUCAUCCGCGAAUCCACCUAUAACAAUCUCCAUGCACCCAUCUUCCAUGUCAGUGCUCCGCCAGAAGACAAUACGGUACCAGCUGGUGGUGGUGCCUAUGUUCCAGCACUUGCACCUACUAUCCAUGAUCAAUCACGCCAAUCACCUGAGAUGGAUGCUUUUGGAGGCAACGGCGGCGGCGGUGACGGCAGCAAGCGAGGAAGCUGGCUUUUGAAGGAAAUUGCAGCACGAUGGCAGCAAGGGUCGGCAACGGGCGCACGUGCAUCUGGCAUCACAGCAACAACCGAUGCAAGCAGUGUCAAUAACGAUAGCUCUACCUCUAAUACCACUGACGAAUCUAAGCAGCAAAGACCUCAACACAUUCAAACAGAUUCUGACGAUAACAGCAAUAAUAACAAAGGAAGAACGUUAUGGGACGACGCAUUAGCAAGCGCUGGCGGUAGUACAGUAGCACGCUCAGCUUCAACAGCAUCGACCAACCCAUUCCGUAGCAGCAUGUCUAAUCCUCGUGAUAGCGUCAUUUCAGCCUUACGUAUACCACCUAUUCAAGAGGAUGCUUGGUCUUUGGAGGACCAUGCUGCCAUGUCCAGUGAUGAUAACCCUGUCGCCACUACCAAAGGAGAAAACAACAAUAAUAAUGAUACCUCGCUAACAAUGCAGCAACAGCAUCAUCCAUAA